UGAGAAUAAUGGGAGGCGUCAUCUGUAUGUAAUCUCUGUUAAUAAAAAAUGUAUUAUUAUUCCCUUUUAUCUCUGGAAAAUCUCUGGAAGCAGGUAUAACAUGGCUACUGCUGGGAAAGUCAUCAAAUGUAAGGCUGCAGUUUGCUGGGGACCUAAACAACCUCUCAGCAUUGAAGAGAUUGAAGUUGCACCUCCAAAGGCUCAUGAAGUUCGCAUAAAGAUUGUGGCGACUGGAGUUUGUCGAUCAGAUGACCACGUUAUAAGCGGUGCAUUAAAUGUGAAGUUCCCUUUGAUACUGGGCCAUGAAGCUGCUGGCAUUGUAGAGAGUGUUGGUAAAGGGGUGACCAAUCUGCAACCUGGAGACAAAGUCAUCCCAUUGUUUGUUCCUCAGUGUGGAAAAUGCAGAUGUUGUGUGAAUCCAGAAAGUAAUCUUUGCUACCAAAAUGACAUUGGAAAAUAUAACGGAGUGCUAUUGGACAACACUACCAGAUUUACCUGCAAGGGGAAACCUGUUUAUAACUUCGUUAGUACCAGCACUUUUACUGAGUACACAGUGGUUGAUGAAAUUUGUGUUGCUAAAAUACACAAAGAUGCUCCACUGGAUAAGGUCUGCCUCAUUGGUUGUGGAUUCUCCACCGGAUAUGGCUCUGCUGUACAUAUUGCCAAGGUUAAACCCGGCUCUACCUGUGCAGUAUUUGGUUUGGGUGGAGUUGGCUUGUCGGUCCUUAUUGGAUGUAAAGUUGCAGGAGCUUCCAGGAUUAUUGCAGUUGACAUAAACAGCGACAAAUUUGAAAAAGCCAAAGAGUUUGGAGCCACUGAAUGUAUCAACCCAAAGGAUUAUGACCGUCCUAUCCAUGAAUUGUUGGCAGAGAUGACUGAUGACGGAGUGGACUAUGCCUUUGAGGUCAUUGGAAAUACUGGAGUCAUGAAAUCUGCUCUUUUAUCCAGUCACUUUGGCUGUGGAAAAACUGUGAUUGUAGGCUUAGCUCCUUCAGAUGCUACUAUAACAUUUGAUCCAUUGCUAGUUUUAACUGGGCGUGUUCUGACCGGAGCUGUUUUUGGAGGUUGGAAGAGUAAAGAUGAUGUCCCAAAACUUGUGUCUGAUUAUAUGAAUAAGAAAUUUGACUUUGAUGGGCUGAUAACACACAAAUUACCAUUUCAGAAGAUCAAUGAAGGAUUUGAACUUCUGCGCAAAGGAGAGAGUAUCCGAACAGUGUUGUCUCUUUGAAGAGUCUAUUUUGGUUGGCAUCUACAGAAGAAACUAAAAUCAUCUGCAAGAUUGAAUGUUCAUUAAAGGGAAACUUUAAUUAUUAUCUGUUAUAAGACUAAAAGUGCCCUGUACUUGUUUAUAUCUGGGGUUACCAUUGGCAGUGCAUGAGGGGAUACGUUUGCUGGAGGACCCUUAAAGGGGUUCUUUGGUGGAAAACAUUUUUUUUUAUCAACUGGUGCCAGAAAGUUAAACAGAUUUUUAAAUUACUUCUAUUAAAAAAUAAUCUUUAUCCUUCCAGUA